GUGUGUGUGUGGUGGGGGUGUGGGGGUGGGUGUGUGGGGGUGUUGGUAUAUAUGGUUUAGCCUGCCUUUUGACCUGAAUACGUACUUACGUUACGCGGACCUAGGGGUAAUACACGGACAGUGCCAAUGUCCGCAUAAAUCAUGGAGUGUAUUUUAAAUUUUGAGUAUCUAAACAACACUUUUUCUCAUAAAUCUAAAGUUUUAUAGGAACUAUGCCAGUGUUUGCAUGAUUUGGACCAUGUAUUUGUACUUUUCACUGAAUAAACAGCGUGAUAUCUCACUUUCUUUAAUUGUCCUUUUAUACCAUGUAACCUGAGUUUUGUGUAUUCCAGUGUAUAACACAGCGCCGCCUGAUGUCAGUGUAUGAAUUGCAGUUUUACACACAUUUUUAUACACUACGCGCGCUUUUAGCCAGUCAUCAUCUGAUUGGCUGGAAAAAAACUGUGGGCGUGUCUUAUUACCAAACCAUCCCAGACGCAAGGUUUUUAAAAAUUAAAUCCUCAUUUGAAGCCGCAGCCCUCAAUAUGGACGUGUUGGUGGAAUAACUGUGCACAGGUAAGCAUUAAUGGUAAAUUAAAAUAAUUUUUGCCUAGAUGAAGUUAUUUACAAGUAAAUAACUGCAGAUGCAAGAAAGGUUUUUGAGCAAAAUGAAAUAUUUUAGAUUUUAAUUUAGGUGACAUUAAAGCUAAGCAACUUAUUUUAGAUAUUUGCAUCAAGUAGCUUAAAUAUGUAUGCUUUUAUGACUGAAAAGACUUACCUGAAGCAGUAUAGUUUUUAUUCCGAGUGUUUUAAAGUAAGAGAUUAGCUGGGCUAGGAGAGCUAGCUUCCUAGCUAGAGCUAGCCUCCUAGCUAGAAACAGGUGUUUGACAAGUUGACAAUAUUUGGGGUAGGUGGUACCUGUGUGGUACCUACUACCUAGCUUUUGGUGAUAAAAGUUGGGUGAUGAACUGUAAGGUUUUCAUCAUUAUAUUUAACAAUAUUGGUGAACUGCUUGCUUUAUGUUAGCUAAUUGCACCGUAGUGAUGCUUGUUAAGCUCGUUAAGCUUGAUUUCAAGCAGGAGAUUAAUAAGAAGCAAACCCACAGGUUUCUGUGAAACUUGUUUAUCUUUUGGAAAAGCACCAAUUGUUGAAGGUUUUAAUAAUUGGCUGCAAUAGGGCUGGUGCAUCAAUGGCUUUAAAGCUGUGUACUGUAAUCACUUUCAUGACUUAAAUGCUGAAAGUGUAAAUCAAGAGUCCUCAAAUUUAGGCAAAUAUCGGUGUCCUUCAAUUUUUAAAUGUGUAUUUGUACCUGAAUCAAUUAGCUGAAUAACCUCCUCAUAUGCAGCCAAAUUCUCCAGAUUUCUGACCACAUUAUUUGACUUAGGUGUGUUGAAGCAGAGAUGCAUCUAAAAGUUGGAGGAGACUGUCCCUGGAGGACUGAUUAAAACUGUUUAAUUAAAGAUAAAUAGGACUUCUCUAAUAAAAUUCAUUUGUGCAACAAACUACCCUUUUUCCUUAAAGUAUGGCUCAAAUGUUUUUGUAAGGCUGUACUAUUGGCUGAACAUCAAUAUAUUGAACAUUGAACUAUUUGUAGAUGGUAAAGCACUUUUUUAAAUCAGUGAUUAAAUAAAUUAUAGUGUUGGUUUUUUAUCUGAGCUGUGUGUCUUGCAUGCAUAACAUGUUUCCAUAUUUAUAAUUAAAUUUUUAGCUUUAACAUUUGUAGGAAUUACAAAGACGCUUGUAAUUCCUUCUUUGACUGUUAUAACUUUUCAUACAUGUCAGUAAAACAUGCAGAGGCGAAGACGCAUAAAUCCGAAGGAAGAUGCCAAAUAUUAUAUUGAUACCAAAACGGACAAAGUGGGGCUUGACAUCACGUACAUCAAUGCCUUUAAAGGUCGUGGUAUCUUUGCCACAACCUCUUUUCAGAAAGGAGACUUUCUGUGUGAAUAUCGAGGUGAACUGAUCAGUAAAGAGGAAUGUGAGAGGAGACAGAGAGUUUACCAUGACAACCUUAAAGUAUUCUUGUUUGAAUUCUAUUUUAAUGGAAAACUCUGGUGUGUUGAUGCAGCAAAAGAAGAUUGCUCCCUUGGAAGGCUUAUAAACGAUGACAAUAUCAGCCCAAAUGCCAAAAUGAAGUAUUUGACCGUCCAACAAAAGCCACAUUUGUGUUUAUUUGCAACUCGAGAUAUCAAUCAGGGAGAAGAGAUUACGUACAAUUAUGGGGACUCAGACUGGCCAUGGCGACUCAAGAACUCCAGUGGGAUGUCUUCAACUGGACAAGAUGUUGAGGUGCCAUCCACAUCACAGUUGGUUUCAUACUAUGGACCGGUAUCAAGCAAAGACCAAAUAAAGAUCAGAGCUGAAAAUGACCAGGAUCAGAUGAUAACCAGUGUCCCAAACGAGACAGAUCCAGUCCUGGAUUCACUCCCCAUCAAGGAAUUGGAGAAAGAAAUGUCCCAAAGUCCUGACUGCACUCAUUCAACUCCUACGGCUGGCAACACAGAACAGAUCACAGCUGAAAAUGAUCAGGAUCAGAUGACAACCAGUGUCCCAAAUGAGACAGACCCUGUCCUGGAUUCACUCCCCAUCAAUUCAGAGGAAUUGGAGAAAGAAAUAACUCAAAGUCCUGACUGUCCUCGUACAACUUCUUCAGCUGGCAACACAGAACAGAUCAGAGCUGAAAAUGAUCAGGAUCAGAUGACAACCAGUGUCCCAAAUGAGACAGACCCUGUCCUGGAUUCACUCCCCAUCAAUUCAGAGGAAUUGGAGGAAGAAAUGUCCCAAAGUCCUGAUUGUCCUCGUACAACUUCUUCAGCUGGCAACACAGAACAGAUCACAGCUGAAAAUGAUCAGGAUCAGAUGACAACCAGUGUCCCAAAUGAGACAGACCCUGUCCUGGAUUCACUCCCCAUCAAUUCAGAGGAAUUGGAGGAAGAAAUGUCCCAAAGUCCUGGCUGUCCUCAUACAACUUCUACAGCUAGCAACACAGAACAGGUACAGAAGUUGGAUUUCAUUUUUAAUUUACCGAACAUUUUGGCUGGAUUCAAAACUAGUUUCCUUCCAUGGUUGUUGGCUCUCAUAGCACAAUCAUUUAAGUGAAGAUAUCUCUGUGAAGUAGUCAACCAUUUCAUAUAUGGGGACCUUGCUUUAUUGAAUAGAUAAAAACAUAUGUUUUGGUUCUUGUGAGGUUGAGAAUAUUGGUUUGACUUCUGAUAAAUGUUGACUUGGUGGCACAGAAUAUAAUCUUAGAAAAAUGUUUUAAAUGUUGUCAAAGUUAAAAAAAUAUAUAUAUAUAUAUAUAUAAAUUUUGUCUUUUGUAUUUAUCUACAUCUUGACCACACAAUAUUUUUAAUUCAACAGUUUAAAAGUUUGCAGAAAAUGUUGUUUUUUAUGACUGGAACCCUCUGUAAUUAUUUGUCUCAUUUAUUAUCCAAUAUAGUAUGAUCCCAAAGGGGAAAUUGCUUAUUCAUUGAAAAGCUACUCCAUCUGAGCUAAUAAAUAUAAAUAAUAAAAUAUGUCUGUCUGUCUGUCUGUGAAAACGUUUGGGCACCCCUAUUAAUCUUAAUUAUUUUAUUUCUAAAUAUUUGGGGUUUUGCAACAGCUAUUUCAGUUUGAUAUAUCUAAUAACUGAUGGAAACAUUAAUAUUCCAGUAUUGAAUUGAGGUUUAUUGUACUAACAGAAAAUGUGCAAUAUGCAUUAAAACAGAAUUUGACAGGUGCAAAAAUUUGGGUACCCUUAUCAUUUUAUUGAUUUGAAUACUCCCAACUACUUUUCACUGACUUACUGAAACACAAAAUUGGUUUGGUAACCUCAUUAAGCUUUGAACUUCAUAGACAAGUGUAUCCAAUCAUGAGAAAAUGUAUUUAAGGUGGCCAGUUGCAAGUUGUUCUCCUAUUUGAGUCUCCUCUGAAGAGUGGCAUCAUGGGCACCUCAAAACAACUCUCAAAUGAUCUGAAUACAAAGAUUGUUCAACAUAGUUGUUUAGGGGAAGGAUACAAAAAGUUGUCUCAGAGAUUUAAACUGUCAGUUUCCACUGUGAGGAACAUAGUAAGGAAAUG